AUGGGCGACAAUUUCUCCAUAGUCCCCAUCGAUUGCUUCACGAUGCGCUACAAUUCCUCCGCGAAGCGAGUCACCAUCAAUAGAAAUAUAAGAGGGGGCAGAUUGUACUGUCACUACGAUGGAAAGAACAUAGGCCUCGGGAACAAAUGCGUCAGCCGCUGUCCUGUUGAGAACAUCCAAGCUACACUCGAUCACUUCUUUUUCAACCAUCCGCAAGAUAAACGUGCCUUUAUGAUCGCCCAACUCCGCUUCUACGACGUAGCAAUGCCAGGAUACAAAUCGACUAAGAAUUUGGAGCAUGCCCUGGUUGAUGCCCUAGAAGGCCAGCUCAAUCCAUCGCCGCAAAUUGUGGCCCUCGAGAAGCAAUUGAAAGAGAAAUGGACGAAGGAGUACGGGUCCCAGCCUACCGCAGGUCAAGGUUCGAACGAAGAACAGACUGCACAUGGUCACGCCACUGCCGAUCAUCAAGAGACGGUUGACCCGAAAGGACCGUAUCUCGUCCAGCAGAAAGAAAUCGAGCACCCCAGUGGCGACAAUACUGAGGAUAAACAUUUGGGUGACCUCGAGCGGCCGGAUGACAUCCGAUAG